AGCCCCGUGGGCUUCUUGGAGCAACAGUGGGAGAAACUGGAGGGAGACAGUGGAUUCUUUUGGAAGCAUUAGACAUUAGGCUGUCUCUAUCAAUUAAAAAUUCCCAGCUCAAGUAAAACGAUUUAAGGAAAUCAAUGACAACUCAGUAUAGACCCAUUAUGAGGCUUGGAGGGUAUCAUCAAACUUGAGCUCCUGUCAACCAGAUUACCUUCUUUGGAAAACUGUCCUCAGGGUCUAAGCACCUCUGGAAGUGAGGUUAACAAGAUAGAACCCCAGGACCUUUUGCGGCAACAGUGGAGAGGGGCAAACCAAUACCACAAGAACAUGAGCCUCAAAUCUCCAACGUCUGCUCUUCCGUUCGAGAACAAAGGCAGCCAUAUCAUGGCUAGAAAUGGAAGCUGUUUUCUAGUCCGCCACACCCCUCAUCCCAGAAGGGUCUGCCACAUCAAAGGUUUGAAUAACAUUCCUAUCUGUACUGUGAAAGAUGAUGAGAACUCACUGGGAGCAUUGUGGGGUGUUGGCCAGUUCAACCACUUAGAGAAGGAUGAAAUACCAUUUGCCGAAUGCAGUUAUGCACCCAGCGCUGCAGCCCCAGAGAGCCCCGUCAGAGGAGUCUCACCAGCCCCAAACAAUGUCAAGGUGCCCCCGCGGCCUCAUUCUGAGCCCUGUAGAAAAAUCAAGGAGUGCUUCGAAACUUCCAGUGAGAAUCCCUUAGCAAUUAAGAAGGAAGAACUUAAGGUAAAAAAGCCACUGUCACCUCCAAAAGCAUGCUCUACUGCUGACUCUUGUUCUUCAGAGUUGAUGAGUACCAAGACUGACGUCAAAGAGAACACUGUUUGCAUACCAAACUAUCUGGCUCAGGAAAUCAAAAUUCUGGCAAAGCUCUGCAACAUUUUACGCACUGAUUCUCUGGCCGAAGUUCUACAGUGGCUGCUUCACGCAAGCUCAAAAGAAAAAGAGUGGGUCUCAGCUUUGAUUCAUGCUGAACUGGCUGAAAUAAACUUGUUGGCCCAACAAAGAAACAUCACAGCAAAUCUAGCUGCAGAGACUAGGAAGCCAGCCAAAGUUAAAUCACCCCCAAAUUCACCUGCAAAAUUGAAAGUGCUGACCAGAACGAGGCAAGGACAUCAACCCACUAGAGUGUCAAGUCAAGGAUCUGAAGGAAAUAAGGAAGUGCCAAAAGAGGCUGAGCACAGGCCUCCAUUGUUUAUAAGAAGAAAUAAUAUGAAAAUGCCCAUUGCAGAAUAUUUCAGCAAACCAAAAUCUCCUCCCAGGCCUAAAAUUCAGGAAAGCUUAUCAACAAAACCAAUGUCUGCAAGGAGUAUGCUACAAGGAUGCAAUCUCUCUCCCCAGAGAGCAUUUUAUCCUUAAACAUUCCAAAGGUAGAAAUUCUAGAUUGAGCAAUUUCCUUCACAGACAUGAGCUUCACUCCAUAACAAUAUCAAAUUAUUUUUAAAAAAUAUUUUGGUAUCAGAGAAUCAAUAGCUAGUGGCACAUGUAAAUCUCAAAGCACCUGUAUAUAAUGCUACUAAAUAAAUAAUAAUGGAGACAGUAUUUCUAUUUGUAGUUAAUUUAGCACCAUGUGUGAAAGAAGUAUGUUUAUUUAUAUACUACAUUUCUAGUCUUGCACUGAUUGUACUUGUACAUAAGCAUAGGGUCCUGAUACUAGGAAAAUCAUCCGUACAAGAAUCAGGCAGCUGCAGUUUGACCCAUGCCCCAAACUCUUGAUAGAGAAAAAACAAAAACAAACACAGAAUUUUAACAUCUGAGCUAAUUUUCACAAUCUACAGUGUUUCAGUGCUGUUGGAACAGAGUGGAUUCUGUAGUGAUAAUGGAAAAAUACUGGCCUCCUCCCAGAAAAAGAUAUAAAAAUUAUCAUUAAUUUAUGAGCCAGAAAGGAAAGAGUUUCUACUCUUUGCUAAUUGUGAAUGAUAUUAACAAAUUUCCUAAUAUUUACCUUUUUUGUAUUUUUAAAAUAAACCACUCUUGGGCCAUGGCUAUUAUUCUUUCAGUGUAUUGCUGGAUUCUAUCUACCAAUUAGCCAAUCUUUUAGAAUGUUUGUGACAAUAUUCAAGAGAUAUUACAAAUUUUGUGUAUGUGUGCAUGGGUGUGUGCAACGCCUUUUUUCUUUUUUUUAGAGAGGGAGUGGGGGGAGAGGUAGAGGGAGAGAGAAUCCUUAAGCAGACUCCCUGCUGAGCAUGGAGCCUGAUGUGGGGCUCUACUUACGACCCUGAGAUCAUGACCUGAGCCGAAAUCAAGCAUUGGAUGCUUAACCGACUUAGCUACCCAGGCGCCUCGUGUCUGUGCGACGUUAAUGACAACAUUUACAUCAUACUUAAUUGUGUGUCAGGAAUCAUUCUAAACACUUUGGCUAUAGUAACAUUUAAUUUUCACAAUAACUAGUUGAGAUAGCUACUAUUGCUAUCCUCUCUUUUUUUUAAAUAAGAAAACUGAGGUGCCGAGAGUUGUGCUCAUUGGGAUAGGAUAAACAGUUGUAAUAAAUGCCUUCUUCCAAAUACGGUAGAGGAUUACUUCUCACAUAAGAGUUCAAAGUGUGUGUUUUGAUGGAGUGUUCAACAAUUUGUUCGUUGCGUAUAACACCCAGUGCUCAUCACCACACAUGACCUCCUUAAUACCCAUCACCUGGUUAAAACUAAUGAUGUACUAUAUGUUGGCUAACUGAACAUAAUAAAAAAAAAAAUAAAAAAACCCAACAAAGUGUGUGUGUUUUUAGUCAGCAGGUGAUUUUGCUUUGCUUGGUGAUUCAGGGGCCCAGGAUCCUUCCAUCUUGUGACUUA